CGAAAUAACUCUUGUGAUAUUUUGUCCAACUCUAGUGACCAGUCGUCUAUCCGACGUCGAACGAACGGCUCGUAUUGAGUCGUUUUUCCGUGGCGGUUGUGGGGUUGCCUUUUAUGGUGAUCCAAAGUUGUGAAAUUAUUUCUUCGUAGUUUGUGAUGUUAUAGGAACAGCCGAUAAUCAUCUUCAAAUCCAGAAAGGAUGUUUGGCAGCUUAGAAUGGGCCCUGGCCCUUGUCGCAGUGACAGUUUUUGUUGCUGUCAGAGCAGACUAUCCUCCACCUGAAAGACUCACUGGAAUGAAUCCCUGUAUCAGCAAGCAAACGUGCCACGAAUGUAUACAAACUCCACAUUGUGCUUGGUGCGCUGCUCCUAAUUUUUCAGAAAUGAGGUGUUUUUUGCCAAACAUAAACACAAAAAUAUAUUCCACAUGCCCAGAGGAAUAUACGUGGUAUCCAAAUAAUGUUUAUAAUGUGAUUCGGCACGCGGAAUUAACAAAGGGUGGUUAUUCAUCUGCGGCAAGUGGUAGUGAAUCGGAGCACAGUUCUUCCUCUUCUUCGUCUUCCUCGUCGUCUUCCUCAAGUUCUAGCUCUAAGCAUUCGAGUUCUAGCAGCAGUAGUAGGAGACAAGAGGCGAUUCAAAUCUGGCCUCAAGAAGUCGAUUUGACCUUGAGAAUAAAUGAGGUGCACAGUAUGUCUUUUUCAUACUCUCAAGCCGAGGAUUAUCCAGUUGAUCUUUACUACCUCAUGGACUUGAGCAAGUCUAUGGAGGAUGAUAAAGAGAAGUUGUCACAUUUGGGAGAUUUAUUGGUGCAAAGUAUGACCAAAAUAACAAGUAAUUUCCGUUUGGGAUUUGGUAGCUUUGUCGACAAAGUAGUUAUGCCCUACGUCAACGUUGUGCCCAGAUCCCUUGAGGAACCAUGUCCUGGUUGUGCAAAACCAUAUGGCUACAAGCACAUCAUGACUUUGUCACAAAAUACUAGUGUUUUUUCUGACUUGGUUCGUCGUGCAUCAGUGUCUGGUAACUUGGAUGCUCCUGAAGGAGGAUUUGAUGCUAUAAUGCAAGCGAUUGUGUGUCGUGAUGAGAUAGGGUGGCGUUCCAAAGCUCGCAGACUUUUAGUAUUUUCAACUGAUGCAGGAUUUCAUUAUGCCGGGGAUGGAAAGCUUGGUGGCAUCAUAAAACCUAAUGACGGGCUAUGUCAUCUUGACUACACCACUGGGCUAUACACUCAAUCAACAUCACAAGAUUACCCCAGUAUAUCACAGAUCAAUCUCAAAGUAAAGGAGAAUGCGAUCAAUAUUAUUUGGGCUGUAACUGAGGGUCAACUCCAGAUGUAUAAAAGGCUUACAAAGCAUAUCGAAGGUUCAUUUGCUGGCAAGUUAUCUGGCGACUCGAGUAACGUAGUGGAUUUGAUCCGCGAACAAUACGAGGCUAUUUCUAGUUCUGUGGAAAUGAAAGAUACAGCCAGUAGUAGCAUAAAAGUGAGAUACUACUCGAGUUGUUUGGGUGGUGGCCCCCUAAUAGAAACAUCAAAAUGUGAUGGUUUGAAAGUUGGUACCAAAGUGGAGUUCUUGGCGAAAAUUGAAGUUACCAGCUGUCCUAAAAACAGAUCUGAAUGGAACCAAAAGUUCAACAUUUAUCCAGUCGGUAUCAACGAAACUUUGACUGUGAAUCUUCACAUGAUAUGUGAUUGCGACUGUGAACAUGCUUCGCACAACAUGUACCAGGAAAAUUCACCUGAGUGCAACUCAAUGGGAACUUUAAAAUGUGGUGUCUGUGAUUGUUACGACCAGAACUUUGGUAAAACAUGCGAGUGUACGCGUCAUUCUGAAAAUGAUCAGUCUGUGAUACGCCAUGACGAAUAUUAUCAAAGCUGCAGGCCGGAUAAUACAUCGUUAGUUGACUGUUCUGGAAGAGGUAUUUGUACCUGUGGUGUAUGCGAUUGUAAGAAAAGACCAAACUCCGAUGAAGUAAUUUCUGGACGAUAUUGCGAAUGCGAUAAUUUCAAUUGCGAUCGUCACGAAGGUCAGUUGUGCUCCGGUCAUGGAACGUGUGAAUGUGGUUUAUGCAGGUGUGAUGCCGAAUGGACUGGAACGAAUUGCAAUUGCCCGUCAUCAAAUGAGACUUGUAAAGCGCCGGGAUCAACUGAAGACGUUUUGUGCUCAGGCCAUGGUGAUUGCGUUUGCGGAAAGUGUGUCUGUCGUGAGGAUGGAAAUCCACGUCAUUCGGGAGACUUCUGUGAAAAAUGCCCAACUUGUCCUGACCGUUGUAUCGAGUUUAGAAAUUGCGUUGAAUGCCAAAUGUAUUCAACUGGCAAUUUUAGUAAAGAAGAAGAUUGCAGAAACAAUUGUGUAGACUUUAAAGCUGAGCCAGUCGAACUAGUAACUACCGAGGACGAAGUAUUCUGUCAUCAUAUAGACGAAGAUAACUGUAAAGUGAAAUACUACUACUACUUCAACCAAACGAUAAACCGAGUAGUUGUCGUAGCGCAAGAAAAAAGAGAAUGCCCGACGCAAGUUUUCAUGCUCGGAAUUGUUCUGGGAGUCAUCGCUGCGAUUGUGCUUAUUGGCUUGGCUCUUUUGUUACUUUGGAAAUUGCUAACAACCAUUCACGAUCGUAGGGAAUUUGCGCGAUUUGAAACAGAAAGAAUGAUGGCUAAGUGGGAUACGGGUGAAAAUCCAAUUUACAAGCAAGCAACAUCCACCUUCAAAAACCCCACAUACGUUGGAAAGUAAAAGAGUUGAAAAUCAAAAGGAAGAUUCUUCAUAUCGUUAUUUUAAAUAUACGCAUAGUGGAAUCCUUCCUUACGCGAAAUCUCACGAUAGUUUUAAUCAAUACAGAGCAAAUAACCGAUACAUUAAUUCAUUGAAUUCACAAGAAACCCAGUUACUUCCUAUCUGAAUGUUAAAGACCUCCUAUCAUAUAAUUAUGUAUCGGUUGUUUUACUUUUGAAACGAACGAUUUUUUUCAUUCAGCUUUCAUUGUUAUAAAUUCGGUUAUUUUAUUUGCGAAUGACUCGCUAAAUUAAACUCCAUUACUUCGACAGUUAAAAUUGAAGUGAUGAACAACAAUUCGCAAUUGAGAUGCAUAAUUCUCAUUCAAUUAUUAUUGAAGUACGUGCCAGUCUGUUUUGUAGAAUUAUCGUUCUCAAACAUGAAGAAGAAAAGACAGAAUUCUGACGGUAUUGUAACAGUUUAAUCCCGGAAGCAUUGCUCGUCUCAUGCUUGUGCUCUUGCUCUCUUAUUAGCGUACCGUCAAUUGGGCUUUCUUUUGUCAAAAUGUGCUUUAGAAAACCGUGACUCAGUUAGCACAUGAAAUUAAUGCCAGUGAACAAUCACCCAGAUAAAAAUAACCGUGAUUGUAUAAUUAAUGCGGAGAGAAAUUGACUAAGGGGUCCCAUGACAUACACACUGGGAACCAACCCACAGCAGUUAGCCUGGCAAACAGAAUUUCUGCUCCGUUGCUGUACUGCUUCUGUAGUACCGCUGCCACCUACGUUUUCCGCAUUUGGCAUCCACCACGGAAGUAUGCAAUAGGUGCAAGUUUUAUAGAAUGUUAACGCAGAGCAGAGAAGUUCGUGGACCAGGCUAACUGCUGUAUAUUGGAAUUCUUGAGUGGAAGGUGCCAGUUUCAUCGACCCCCCAUGGCAUAAAAGAAGUCUUAGAAGUGCUCAUCAUCGAUCGCUGUCAUUUUAUUUCAUGACGUAAGUUAUUGGCGCUAUUUAUUUAAUUUGACUUAUCAAGUUGCUAUACUUUAUGAAGCGAAACCAAUACUGCCAUAAUUCUUAGACUAUAGUAAUUAUACAAUGAAGUAUGGUUUUCACACACCUAUAACGAUUAUUUUACUCCCGAUUACUACAGAGCUGCGUAGUCAACAAAUUGUUUUGUAAAAUUAGAAUUAGACUUAGAAAUCUGUAACAAAAUAUUAAUUUCUAGUUUUUUAAGUGUUUAGAUAAAACUUUAGAGUUGAAGUGCCUUUGAUGUGACCAGAAGACAGAGAUCUUUUUGUUAUUAAUUGAUAAAUUUUAACUAUUUUUUAUAUCCGCUGUAAAGCACAAUCAUUUUAUAUUACUUCGCCAUAGAUUAAUUCAGAUUUCUUCGGCCUUAUUGCUUUCUUUACCUGCAUAUGUGUACCAAUGUAUAUUAUUAUACUGUAAGAGUACAUUCUUUAAGAAGAAACAUAUACAUUUAGGUUUAUUAUGUACAUGUCCAUAUGUACGUAUACCGCAUACAAACGUGUUUACUGGGAAUUGAAUUUAUUUUUGAACUAGCUUUCAUAGUUUGAAAAUAAUUCAAAUAAACGCAUUACUCUCACAGUUGCAAAUAAAUAUUCACACGUGGUCACAAGUUCAUAUACUGUCAUUCAUCAUUUUACGUAAUUGUUAAUUUAUUGAAGGCCUUGUUGAAAAUAACAAUUAAAAUAUAUAAUAUUUUAUCGAGAAAGAAAAAAAGUGUCUUAUAGUUAUAUAUAUUUACAAGGGUCUCUACUUACGUACACUCAUAUUACAAUUAUAAUUGUGCAAUUAAAGUUUUGGAAAAUUUUUGUAAAAGUUAUAUGGCACUGAACUUUUAUACAUAACUCUUAUACAUAUGCAUGUACUACAGGAUAACUAAAUUUGUACAUAAAGCAUAAUUUUGUGCAUAUAAAGAAUGACCCUACGUUAUCAUGUAUCGUCUUUGCCAUUGCAGAUUUUUUAUUUCCUCACACGAACGAAAACAAAUAAAUAUUAAAUAAA